AUGUCUCGAGUGUACGUUGGUAACAUUGAAAAACGUGCAACAAAAAAGGAACUACUUGAGUUCCUGAAACCAAUGGAGGAACAUAUCGAGGACUCGUGGUUAGCUCGGCGACCUCCGGGGUUCGCCUUCAUCACAAUUGCUCCGUCUCGUGCGUGUGAAUUCGUGGAGACUUUCAACGGAAAGGAGUUUCGUGGAAAGGCUCUUUUGGUUGAGCUGUCCACAAUGUCGUCACAGCGGAAGGACGGAGAGAACCGCCGCCGCCGAAGCAGUGAUAGCAGACGUGAUAGCAGUCGACGCAGGAGGAGGUCUGGAAGCCGCUCAAGGCACAGUGAUAGACGGCGCGACCGGAGUCGCAGCCGCAGUCACCGGCGGGACCAUUCAAGAGACAGAAAGCGCCGUUGCCGCUCACGCAGCCGUAGUAGCUCUCAGGGGCCUUGUUCCCCGUGA